AACCGCCUUCCCCGGCAGCAGGAAGGGCCACCCCGAGCUCAGGUUCUGCACUCCCCGCGCUGCCCGGGCGUCCCCGUCCCUCCCGGCGCGGGGAUGGAAGGAUCCUGCCCCGGGGGAGCAGCCCCCGCCGGAGCUGCGGGCGCUCGUGGGGCGCGGCAGGAGCAGGCGCGGGGGGCAGAGCUCAGCAGGCUGGAGGAAGCCAAGCAAGAGCUUCAGGAGGAACUGCAGAAGGCCAAGUACGACUGCAGCAUAGCCACAGGUGCCAUCUCUUCCCUGCAAAGACAACUGGAGAGCCAAGAAUCCCAGCUUCGGAGAAUGGAAUCUGAGAAGGAAAUGCUCCAGAAGCAGCUCAGAGAGCGACAAGCACAGCUCGGAGCCAUGUCUGCCAAGUUUUGCAGUCUGAGAGAAGAUCGGAAACACGAAGAAGUGAUGGUAGCAAUGGAGGAGGAGAACUGCAGUCUUCGACAGGUUGUUGCAGAACAAGAAUCCAAACUGGCUGAGCAGAACCAGCUGAUCACUGAGCUACAGGAGACAGUCAGCCAGCUGCAGGCAGAGAUUCUGAGCAGCCAACGCCACGUCCACCAGCAGCAACAGGCCCAGCAGAUGAUCCAGAGCCAGACUGAGGCACUGGAGCACAGGGAGGUGCAAACUAGAGUGGCACUGAAACGCAUGACCUGCAGGUUUGAACGAUUUCGAAGCAAAAUAAUUCAGGCUACGUUCAGCACAGCAGGCAGCAAACCUCCCCAGGCAGAGCUCACAGAUGAGGAGGUGCUGGAGACACUGCAGAAAAUAAUUCAGGAAUGGGUGGAGUUCCAGCAGGUACUGCAACAGAACAGCAUCACGGUCCCAUCCCUCCUCUCCAGCAGCACUACUUCAUUGCCCACCAGUGCAAGGGGAAGAAGGAAGAGCCAUGUCAUGUAGCAGCCCUGCACACCCAGAGGCAGCUCCAGUGGCUGCCAGCCAAUGCCAGGCUCCUGUUCUGUGGUUUUCAGAUGGUGACUUCCUAACACAUUAAACUCACUGUACCAAAA